AUGAAUAAUGUUGUUGAUUAUUCAUCGACGCCAGUGGAGAUCCAAUUCUCCACCAAAACCAUACACCGAUGGAUUGAAAUUGACAAUAGCAACGGAACACAAGAUGAUCGACGGUUGUGUGUUGUCCACCAAGAAGAAGAGGAAGAAAUAGAACAGGAUUUCAGUUUACAUCUAAGUGCCGAUGUUUCCAUUGAAAAUUAUGGUGAAUUAAUCUCAUCGAAACUAUGUAGCAACUUGCCUAGUCUUGAUUUGGAAAAAGUAGGCGCUGACUAUCGUUUCAUAGAAAAGACAAAAGAGAUCAUUCGCGUGUCAUUUGUUGUCCUCUUGUACCAAAAUUAUGUCUGUGACAAGACGAGGUUUGAACGUCAAGCUAGUUUGUCCUUGAUUAAGUCGCUGAAGAAGAAGAAGAUGAUGAAUAGUGAUGAGAAUGGUUGUUGUGCGAUUUGUCUGGGGGAUUUAGGUGUGGGAACACAAGUUAAUUGCAUGCCUUGUUCGCAUUACUUCCAUAUUCGUUGCUUGGGGAAUUGGCUUGAGAGAAGGGGCAAUUGUCCUAUUUGUCGCUAUGAGAUGUCAACUCAAUCAGGGACGGAUCUAGAGUAA